UGUAUCUCUGUUCCUUGGCGGGAGCGUUUCAGUUCCCCAUUACCUAUGUCAAGUCGAGGAGUCGUGGUGGCGUUGGGAGGCUGCUGACGGGAGCCGCGGCGCUGUUCCUCCGCGUGCGGCAGUGACGCCUCUUCCCCUCCUGCGUGUAUGGUGCCCCCGGCCGAGCCGAUGUGGUGAACAUGCUUGGUUCUGAGAGACUUAAAAAGUGCCUCGUAUAGAUCAAGUCACCAAGGAAUUUAGACAGUGAUCAAGAAAUGUGUAACAGCGACUUGUACUCUUGGUAUCGCCGGCGAAUCUUGCGAACGGGGCGCAUCGCACGCCAGCAGGAGCCACGGUAGCAGCGAGAGGCCUUAUCAGCUUUCGCUCUCAGUGACGGCAGAGCAACGGGCAUGACCCGGAGCAAUGGCUGGCGCGGGGAAGACAAUUAACAUAUGAAUGUGAAAGUGAAUUAAUCGUGGAGGAAGGACGUGUGCGAUUCCAGUGCCGUUGGCUUCGUCACUUGAAAAUACCGACACGACCGUCCCUAAUUUUGGUGAAAAAACAAUCAAAGGGAUUCAAACAGCGAAGAGAUAAAAGAAAAACUAAUAAGAGAAAAGUCUAAAAAAAAAAAAUAAGAAACCUUUCGGACUCAGGUGGUCUGCUGGUUACAUUUUUAACGAAAACAAGGAGGCACUAUGACGUUCUGUAUUUGCUGCAGAAGACGAAACAGCAGCGGGGGUGAACGUGUCGUGGAAGUGUAUGGAGGGGUGACAAACCACGCCCACGCGCCGCCCACGACCGUGAGUGGGCGUAGCGGCCAUGUCGACCCGGCACACCCACAGCUGGUAGACCCCGCCCUCCUCACCUCGCUCGACCUGGAGAGUGACCACGCCGCCCCCGCCCACGAGAUGUUGGUGACCGACGCCCCCCACUCAACGCGCCCGCAUGACCUCAACCACAACAACCACGCCUUCGGGCACAAGUCCUCAGAGGACCACGUGAGCGGGCGCGCAGCUAAGUACAUGGUCGCGGAGUCGGGCGACCUGGCCGGCCACGACAACUAUGCCUUCGACCACGACAUCCUCUCGGGCCAGGACAACUACGGCUACGACCCCGGCUACAGCUCCGAGAGGUCCCCGGAGGACGAGGAAGGGCCGCCCCUCUACUGCUCUUCCUCCUCGCCCGCCUCCUCCUCCGCCGCCGCCGUCGCCCAGCGAGAGAGGAGCCCCAGGGAACCGAGGGACCGCAACUCGCUGAAGGUGGCCCCGGGGGAGAUCAUUAACACCCUGGAGGUCAUGCGGCUGGUUCCCUUCAUCACCGAAAGUACAACUUUCCAAGUGACGGUGAUCAAGAACCUCCGAGGCCUGGGCUUGGCCGUGACGGGCGGCAUCGAGUGCGACCUCCCCUACGCAGGCCUCAUACGCAUCAAGAAGCUCUACCCGCAGACGCCGGCCUGGCUCUGCGGUCAGCUGGAGGUGGGGGACAUUCUCCUGCAGGCCAAUGACAAUCCAUUAACAGGACUGACGAGUCACGAGGCAUUAGAAAUGCUCCGCACCGUCGGCCAGGAGGUGACUCUGGAGAUCUGCCGGCCGCCCCCUGGCACCAUGGGGGACGGCGAGGACCUCCCUGACGGCGGCAACACCCUCGGCGUCGUGAGCACCAGUCUCACCACGCCCAACACUAGUCACAACUACCUCUCCCCAUCGCCUUCCUUCUCCUCAUGCGGGGAGUUUGAGGUGCAGCUAACCAAAGUUGCAGGUUCCUUAGGCUUUACACUGCGCAAACAAGACAACAGUAUCUUGGGACACACCAUUCGGAGUCUGGUCAAGGAGCCUGCAAUUUCAGACGGCAGAUUACGGCCCGGAGAUAAGAUAAUCUCGGUUAACAACACAGAUAUGUGUAGCCUGAGUCAUGAAGAAGCUAUAGGUUUCUUACGCACAUGUCCUGAGACUGUUACUCUUAGAUUAUAUAGGGAUGCCAUGCAAACGCCAGUGUCGCCAGUCUCCCCCACGGAACCUGACAUCCUCGCGAAGCCCAAGCCUCUGCGUAAAGAAGCCAGGGACAUGCUCAGUGACUUGGCUUUCAGAAAACAGUCUCCCAGCAAUUCGCCUAGCUUAGCUGGGGCCUCGGGUUCCCCGGGCACACCCAGAAGACGUAGGCUUCAGAAGACCCCGAGUCCAGAUAUCAAGAGUGUAGUCAUAGAUAGAUGGGACUCGUUGGUGAGAAAAACCGAAGAAUCUCUGCCUGGUACUCCGACUCUCGAAAAGAAAACGUCGCUCAACAGCAUACGAGAGACGGACCACGAGGUCUCCCCGUUCGGCGACAGCCAGACGGACGACUCCCUCUCCACCACCAUCCGCUCACGCAACUCGUCCGCGUCGUCGUCCUCGCUCACCGCCUCCAACUCCGAGUCGAGACCGAAGAGACCCAGCUUCCUCGACCUGAGCAACGGGCGUGGCUGUCCUCGCAAGACACAGUUCACGCCCCCGCACGAGGUAGACCGGUCGUUUCCAUCCCCGCUCGGAGGUAAUUACCCGUCGGCUGACUCGCUUGACUCUGCCCCCCAGUUGACCUCAGCUCACAGUGAUACCCCAGCCUUCUCCCACCUCCAGCAAGGGUAUCAGAGUGUUAACCUUGGAGCCCUCCACCCCCACGAAGACUCCAGACUAACCAACACAACCUCAGACCAUAACAUUAGCAGCCACGAUACUGACGGUCCCCAGCAGAGUGGUCUGCUAAAGUGGAAGGGAAUUGUCUUUACCCCCGAAGAGGAAGACACUCAGUCAUUAGAGGAGUCACUUCAACAGGAGGGGGAUCGUGAAGGGUCACCUCAGUCACACAAACCGAAGAUGGUGACAAUAGAGCUUAAUCGCGGAUGGAACAGUCGUCUAGGCUUUUCGUUGCAACCAAAGGGGGAGAACACCGUUAUCAAGGCCAUAUAUGCAGACAGUGUUGCAGCCAAAGAUGGACGACUGAAAAUGGGGGAUAUUGUUGUAAAGGUGAAUGGCAUUGACGUGGUAGGAUGGGAAACUGAAUCUGUAAUUGAUCUGCUUCGUAAGACAAGAGGGAAAAUUUCGGUCACUGUUCUUCAGCCACUAAGUUGAACCCAAGCCUACUAAUGGUAGAGACACUUAAAAUAUCGUCUCAAGAUGCCUCUCUUCAGCUCUUUCCGAAGAUUGUUGCAUUCGCUCCUUCAGUUAUCUUAUUCCUGAUCCACGAAAAUAUAUCAAAGGAUCAGCUUAACCUAAGGCUUCAGUUGUUCAGAUCUAAUUUCAAGGCAGCUAAGGCUUCUAUUUACUAAUUCUUAAUACUGUGUUAUUAACGAAUUUUAAAAGUUCAUCUCAUUUCUCUAUCUCUAGACUAAGAAGUCGAAUACCCUCUUGCCAUUAUCGAAGCUUUGCCUCUUUAGCUCUGUUAUUCUCGAAACUUCUUGCAUGAACGUUAUAUUGCUCAUUAAUAGGCGUCACGGCCCCUCGAACCCAAUGCUAAGUGAUGUAAACCUGGUCAGCCGGCAGGAGAGAGUUCUAGUUGAGAGAGUUGCCAAUAGUUCUUGCAGAAGGUCGUGUCGCAUAUAUAUUGUGUACAAAUGUUCCAUUUAAACAUAUAUUUAAAAAAAAUAUGAAGCUUUUAUCUAUGAUGUAGGCAGUAUUUAUGCAGUGACCUUUUAAAGCUUUAUGCCAGAUACUUGUUAGCUAUUACUGCUGCACUUCUCUUUUAGUGUAGUUUUAAAACUCACAGUAAAAAUACAAAAAAAUGUAUAUUAUCCCAACAUAGAGCUGCAUAUGUUUAAUUGUUUUUACCAUUGUUGUUAUUUAAUUUUUGCCAGUUGUAAACUAAUGUGUUUACUUGUUUAUGACAAUGACUGUGAGUACUCAAGACUUAGUGAGAGCAGGGCCUCACUUGGGACUCCCUGUGUAAUAGACAAGCUUGUGCCAAAGAUAAUAACUGUAUAACAAUGUACGGUAAAGAGCAGUCAAAGUCAGCUGAUUUUAAAACAACAUUUAAUCAUCAGUACUUACGUGCCAUUCAUUGAAUGAUAUUCGAAGUCAACAUUCCAAUACAGAACUUAAUCUAAUUUGUUUGCCUCUUGACUGAGGAGCCAAUUGUCUUUCACCUUCAUCCCCUAUGACACAGUCAAGAUACAUUAGAGUUUAGAUAUUCCAGAAAAAAGGAUAGUUUUUGCGGGUAGCGGAACUCUCCUGCUAAAGAUGGCAUCUAAUUGUUAAUUUAUUAUGGAUGUGUCAUGUAAGCUGAACCAUCCGUUAUAGGAAGGUCAUGAUUGUGUUAUAAAAUGUUAUAAAACUGUAUUUUAGAACUGUCACCAAGUCUGUAUAUAUAAAUAAAUAAAAUAUAUUUCCUGUAUUA